AUGCAAAACUCUCUCAAUGGAGAAAAGACUGUAAAGAGGAGCAAACAUGCUGUAGUGAAGAGUGGUGUCGAUUCAUUCCCUAUGAGCCAGAGAAGCUUCCCUCCCUCUUUCUGGAACAGUGCAUAUCAGCCUUCGGUCACAGCAACUCUCAGCAGCGCCCUGGGUUCCUCCCACACAGAUCUUCCCUUCCCAGCGGACCCGUACUCCACCGCAUCUCUACACAGCCACCUUCACCAAGCCACCCCAGAGCCCUGGCACCCCUCUCACCACCAUCACCCUUACUCGCUCAGUGGAGCCAUCGGCACCCAGGGGUCCGCUUACCCCCGGCCCUCCAUACACGACAUGUACGGAACGCACUUUGACCCCCGUUACAGCUCUCUGCUCGUGCCCUCGGUGCGGCCGCAUAGACUUCCUCCAGCCACUGUUCCCGCACCUGGAGCCUCGCCGUGCGAUAUCAGCAAGAGUGAGCCGGGCAGCUCGGCGUGGACCGGAGCUUUCACAGCUCCGAGCUCUGAUAUGAGUCUGAACAUGGAUACAGGUCUACAGAGCCAGGAUAAGAGCAAGGACUUGUACUGGUUUUAGUGCCCUGCGGCCG